CAACUGGAUCCCUCCACCCUUGCUCUCCUUCAGGAGUUCUAUACUGAGAGAGAUGAACGGGAAAAGCAAUUCGAAGACUUGAAAGCAAAAGCCGAAGAUGAGUUCGACAGUUCGAAGCCUCUAUCUAUGGAUCUGUUCACAGAAAGCUGGCAGGACAGCCAGUUUUGGUACAAGGACGAGACGGCAACGAUUCUGGCUCAGCAUUUGUUGGAUGGUGUGACGGAAGAUAGCAAGAUUGCUGUUGUCUCUGCACCGAGUGUGUACAUUCAGUUGAGAAAUUUGNNCUUGUGGGUUUUUGGCUUGCGGAACGAGACCAAAGGGGUUCCAAAUACUGAUUACGAGACGCAGAAUGACCGUGAGAAGUACCCGAUACGACCGAAGCUCAUGCUUCUUGAGUUCGACGAGAGAUUUGCGGUGUUCAAGGACGACUUUUCUUUCUAUGAUUACAAGCAGCCUGUCAAGUUGGAUCCUGCACUCACUGUCCGCUGGCUGGCCAAGACAUGGGAGGCNCCUCUCAGACUCAUACAAUGUACCGGAGAGCGCAUGGAGUCGCUGGCUCACAAACUGUACGGCAAGGCUGGCAUGCGUACCACGACUUUCCGUCCAGAGCACUCGAAAGGCCUGAGCAACGAAUUCAGAUGCUACGCCAACUUUGAGUGUGAUGCGUGGAAGUUUGAACCUCAGGCAAGCAAUCUGGCA